GUUACUUCUGCUCUCCUCUCUGCACAGCAGUUUGGAAACGUAGAGAUGGGAGCGCGCUGCACCGGCGUCCGGAUUCCAUCGUCACUUUCAGAAAAGAACCGCACACGCACCGCAAUUUCAGCACGGUCUCCGUGGACAGCGAACGUGCCAUUGAUUCAGGCAGAUAAAGUUACAUUGGACCCUUAAAAAACAAGGACAGGAGCUUGCCUUGCAGAAUCAAAGAAGUUGGACAUUUUUAUCCAGAACGGACUGAAGUGCUGAGGUGAUCAAUAAUUUUUUCGAUUGAUGAUGGAAUAAUGGUGAUUUCACGAUGAUUUCACUGUAGGAUUAUAUUAAUGGACUCACAGCAAUGGGACAUAGCAAUGGAUGUGUGUAAAAUUAUGCGUGCACUGGAUGUGGUGAUCGAUUUCAUUCAACAGAAGACAUGCACAUUCCAUCCCAUAUAGAUUGAAAACUUUUUUGGGAACAUCUGCGCGCCGCACCCUGACCGGGAUUUGGUUUUGUGCAUGAACUAAAAAUGGCACUGAGUGAGAAUUGUAAAACCCAGCCCGCUAAAGAAACGGGGUCGGUGCAAAACCCACCGUCUGAUGUUAUUGAACUAAACGUAGGGGGACAGGUAUACUACACUCGCCUCCUUACUUUAACAAGCAUCCCCAAUUCCUUACUGGGACGGUUAUUCUCGACCAAGAAGGGGUCCUCGAACGACUUGGCGCGGGACCUCAGGGGACGUUAUUUUAUCGACAGAGAUGGUUUUCUGUUCCGAUAUGUAUUGGAUUAUCUGAGAGAUAAGCAGGUCGUCCUACCGGACCACUUCCCGGAGAAAGGAAGGCUAAAACGGGAAGCAGAAUACUUUGAACUGCCCAAACUGGUCAAACUGUUGGCGUCCGAGGAAUCUAAACAUUUUCAAGACGACCCGUUUCACAGUGAUUUCGACGAUGCGUCGCUAGGCAGCGACCAGAGGAUCUAUUCCUCCUACUCUCUGGACCUGAGGUAUGGAUACAUAACCGUCGGUUUCAAAGGCACGUGCGCGACACCGGGAGGUAAAGACAGUCAGAUUGACCCCAAAUCCAAAAAAGUAGUACCCAGAAUCUUCAUCAGCGGAAGGAUCGGCCUCGCCAAAGAGGUGUUUGGAAACACCCUGAAUGAGAGCCGAGACGCGGACAGGCCUGCGGACAGGUACACCUCCCGGUUCUUCCUCCGGUUCCGUCACUUGGAGCGGGCCUUUGACAUGCUGUCUGACAUCGGGUUCCACAUUGUCUCCUGUAACUCGUCGCUCACCGCCUCUUCCAUCAGCCAUUACGCACCUGAGAAAGUCUGGUCCAACUACACCCAGUACGUCUUCUACCGUGAGUGA